CGCGCCUGCGCGGCGGGGCCGCGUUGCCAUGAGAGCGGCGAUGGGGCCGCGCUGAGCCAGUGAUGAAUUUAAGCUUGAAGGCCGUGUCUGUGACCAGCUCAACUCCCCAGGAUGCCACACAAGAUCGGUUUCACCGUGGUCAGUUCAUCGGGACACGAGGAUGGGUUCAGCGCUCGGGAGCUGAUGGUUCACGCACCGACAGUGAACGGGUGGMGGUCACCCAGGCUCUGUCAGUACCCCCAGGAAAUCAUCCUGCAGUUGGUAGAGAGGUGUCGGAUCCGCAAGCUGCAGCUGCUUGCUCACCAGUACAUGAUUGCAAGCAAAAUUGAGUUCUACAUCAGUGAUAGUCUGCCUGAAUACUUUGCUCCGUAUCAGUCGGAGAGGUUUCAGAGACUUGGUUAUGUGUCUCUCUCAGACAAUGAGAAGACUGAUUUCAAAGCUCGAGAGUUGAAAUCUGUGUACAUGGAUGCAGUUGGUCAAUACCUGAAGCUGAUUUUCCAUCAAAAUUAUGCCAAUAAAUACAACUUGUAUGGGCAGGUUGCCCURGUAGCUGUGAACAUCAUUGGGGAUCCAGCAGACUAUGAUGAUGACAGCAUAAGCAAUCCUUCCAGAGAGAAGCUGAUAGAUCACUACUUGGGAAUUAAAUCGGAUGAUCCUGCCUUAGAUGGAACUUACCUYGGGAAACGUGACUCUAUUUCACCUCUGGACGAUUUGGCCUUUGACAUGUACCAGGACCCAGAAGUGGCUCAGAUAAUCCGGAGACUGGAUGAGAAGAAGAGGGAAGCUGUACGUCACGAGUGCUACGACCACGCCAAGAAGCUCAAACAGGCCAUUGCAGACUUGCAGAAGGUGGGGGAGAGACUCGGCCGGUACGAGGUGGAGAAGCGCUACGCAGUAGAGAAGGAGGAUUAUGACCUUGCCAAGAAAAAGAAGGAGCAAAUGGAUGAGUACAGGAUGAAGGUKUACCAACAGCUGGAGCUCCACGACCUCCUGGAUGCACAGCUGCUGAUCCGAAAACCAGUGGAGUUGCCUUUGGGAUCUGUGAGUGGCACUGAGAGCCCCCAGAGCUCUGUUCCUGAGCCAACAAACCCACCCCAAGGAGAGCCCCGGAAGGCAGAGCUUCUGCUGGAAGAGCAAUCAGUGGAUUCCACUUCUGCUGAGUCUGUUGUUCCUCACAAGUCCCCUCUUUCUCCUCGGAUUCAGCCCACAACCUCCAAGGAAGCAUUUUCCAAGGAAAAUGCUGAAUUUUUACCUUAUGACGAGAGGCCUCUCCCAGCCAUCUGCAAGCAGGUGGAUGAAGCUGUUGCCUACCUUGAGCCAGAGGUGACUGAAGAGGAUGUGGGUGAUGCUUCGAGGACUGGCAGUACUGGGGAGCCUGAACCACUCACGGAGAAUGCACUGAGGGAGGCCAGCCCUGUUGUGGAAGUUUUUGGAGAGACUUUGGUUUCAGGAGCAUAUUCCAAAACUUGGUCGUAUCGAGAGGAUGCAUUAGUGGCUGUGUACCAGAAGCUGAUGGAAGUGCCAGUGGACACUCCAAAGGAGGAUUUAAGGAACAUGCUGAGGGCUGCUAUUUUCCUGGUGAAGAGGGCUGCCAAAGACACUGUGUCUUCAGUUUUUCAGGCUUCCCUGAAACUUCUAAAAAUGAUCAUUACCCACUACAUACAAAAACACAAACUAGGGAAGCUGGAAACUUCUCAUUGUGUGGAAAAAACUYUGCCACAUUUGCUUUCUAGAACAGGAGACUCUUCAUCCCGUCUUCGUAUUCUGGCUUUGACCUUCAUCCAGGAAAUGGCACUGUGGCCUGAAGUGAAACAUCUCCAGAUCAUUCCAGUCCAUCUGGUUAAAACAUUAAAACCAAACUCCCCAACACACCUGGCAAUGAGUCACGUGGAAUUGGUGGAAUCUCUCUUGACAGCCAUGGGGACUGAAAACUCUGGGUUUACCAUUAACAAUGUCAUGAAGUUUGCCACAGGAGCCCUGGAGCACAGGGCUCACGAAGUACGUGAGGUGGUGCUGCGGAUCAUCUUUGCCAUGUACCGGGAGCACAGGGCAGCUGUKCUGGAAUAUCUCCCUCCAGAUGAUGCCAGUGUCCGCAAAACCGUCCGCUACAAAACACUCUUCGAUGGGUUUGCCAAAAUUGAUGGGAAAUUCUCUGAAACAGACAUGAGGAAAAAAACAGUGACAGAAGAAGCAGAGAAACAGACAAAGGAAGAAAUAAAGGAAGCUCUAAAACGCCAGCUAGUAGCUUUAAAGGAGUUAMAAGCAGAGGUUGAAGUUGAAGAGGAGAAAGAAUCUGAUAUUCUGAGGACAGAGAGCCAAGGUUACCAGACGUACGAAGGCCCCCAGGCUGCAGCAGGGAAGGUCCAGGAGGAAGUUCUGUCUGUUACAAAUUACCUGGAUAACUUGUGUAUUUUUUGUGGUGAAAGGAGCACGUCCUUCACAGAGGAUGGGUUGGAUCUGCAUUACUGGAAGUACUGCCCCAUGUUAACCCGAUGUGAGCACUGCAAACAGAUGUUGGAGAUUGCUGGCCUGACAGACCACCUGCUGUCUGACUGUGACAAAAGGGACAGCUUUGUGAAGUGCCCACGCUGCAGAGAGGCCGUGCCCAGGGACGAGCUGCCCAGACACACCAAGAGCAAGAUUUGCAAUCCUGCCAAACCAGAAAAUGUGGCCAACCAUUGUCCUUUGUGCCAUGAGAACUUUCCCCCUGGAGAGGAGGCCUGGAGACUUCACCUGAUGGACAGAGAUGGCUGUAAAAUGAACCAACGGAGGACAUCCCCCAUGAAUAAAACCAUUYUGUUGCACCCUGGCAGAGUAGGUGGACCMUAUUUAAGGAGACCAGGUCCUUCAGUAGCAAAAUAUCAACCCACUUCAAUAGGAGGAAGCAGGGUCCGAGCCCGAGGGAGCCCAAAUAAAAGCAGUGGCAAAACAUACUCAAAGCAAUGACAGAACAAGCAUUUCUUCCUUUGUCUUAAUAACUGGGCACGUGGCUUUUCAGAGCUAUUUAAAGAUUGUGGGUAACUUGUAUCACCUUUUCUGUGGCUGUUUUUAGCCUCCAGCAGUUCCUGGUGUGAUCCCCAGGGCUGUCCCUUGGCAUUGCUGUCACUGCAGCACUGGGCUUUACUUCUAGGAAUGCUCAUGUUGGAAAUACCAAAUGUUCUGGGACACAAACAUUAUUUUGACAGAUAACUGUGCUCUCCUUUCCAAUGCCAUGUCUGUCAUUUGAUGGGUUCAAGCUCAUUAAUUAUGUCAGGGGAGAGAGGUCUCUUCCCUGGGUCCCCCGAGGUGCUCAAGGAACAGGAACCACAUGUGAGGGAAGCCUGGCCUUAUGUGUAUGUCASAUUUAGGGUUCUAAAGGCAGCAGGGCUGUACCCAAAAAGCUAUUAAAUCCCAGGAAUUAGCACCAGAUGGAAAAGCCAAAGRGCUGGUUGAACAUUUUCCUGUGUUGUGCCACUGUGUAGGAGGUGACAGGACAUUGUUCCCUCUCUCAAGUGCCUUAUGAGCUCACUUGGCAGGAGGGUUAAACUAAACCCUCCAAAUUUGUAUCCCCAAGAAAUGGCCCCUUACAGAAAUUAAAAAAUGGUCUUGGUUGGGCCUUGAAGAGCUUAAAUGAGUAAAUUUAGACCUUUUUGCCUGCUUUAGUGCACUUUCAGCUCAAAUUCUGGGCUUUUCUAGUUAGAUCUUGAUCAAAACAACAAUCCAGAGACUGCAGAACAUGUUUUUAACAGCUUCAGAGAGACAAAGUCUAUUAAGACCUGAGGCAUGAAGAUUUGUACUGAAACAGCAAUUUUCACAUUUCUACCUGUAACAUUCUGGCUGUUGCUUUCCAGGAUGGAAUUGGUACCAUGGGCACGGGAAUGAGUGGUCAUAAUAAUAUAAGGGGAAAUUGGGGGGUUUUUGCUCCCAUGGAGUGAAUUUGUGGUAUUGUUUUGUAUAUACARAGCUGAUUUUAUAAUACAGUUUUUCUAGUUUGCUUGCAGCCUGCCUACCAGUUUCUGGAUUUUCCAGGUAGAUCACUGUGCUUGGAUUUCAAAAAUAUUUGUAUAAAUUGUUUCUCUMACUCUUCCAAAUACUUAUCUCAAUAAUUACACACAUUAGGAACAUAUAUAUAAAUAAUAAAUAUUAACAAAUACAUAGGUAUUUUUAUUUUCCCUUUACUGAUAUGGGUUUCUAUUUGAGAGCCUGAUUCUAUAUGCUGAAUAAAUAGUAAAUAUCUCAAAAUAGCCACUGAUCUUGCAUAGAGAUGUAAGGAUGAAAAUGACUUUGUGGUAGAAUAAGGAAAUAACUUAGAACUGAUAAAAUGGCAAUUUUUGGGGUUUGAAAGGAUGCUUUUGGAGCAGAGUAGUGCCACCAAUGUCAUGUUUAAAGGUGGGUCUUUAGUAAACAACCUGGGUUUGCUGCAGUGGGAAAAUAACACCGUGGGGUCUGGUGUUGUUCCAACAAGUCUUUAGCAAAAUAUUCCAGAGAAAAACCAUUGCACAGGGGCAGAUAUGGGCAUGGAAAGAAGGUCUGCAAAGUGUUGGACUGGGACCUAGAUUUGGCAACGAUGGGAGCUCAGUAUGAAACCAAGGGAAGUGUGUGGUCCUGAGCUCAGGGCUGGUUUCUGUGUGAUCUCUGUCCAUGUGAACUGUGCCUGAAUGUCAGCUGAGGUGUUUUCAUCUGUGUCACUGCAGAGAUGAUUCCAGAGCAGCCCUUGGCCCUGCAUGCAGGAACUGAGCUCAUCCCAAAAGACCUCUUGGUGUGUCACUACCCCAAGAGAGCAAUUUAUAGCGAUUACAUGUUCCUAAGUCUGGAUGAGCGGAUCAAAUAUUUAUCAAAAGGAGUCACUUGUGUUAAAUGUCRUAUUUUUUAUUGCACAUAAUUAAUAAAUUACUUUAGCCACUUUGGAGAGUACAUCUGC